GUUUGCUUCCGUUUCACAGCUAAAUAAGAUACAAGCUCCCAAGGUAUACUUAACCUGACUCUUAUCUAGCUGAGUAUCAGCUUUCAGGUGUGGAAUGAGCGCAGGGACAUCAGAUAUCCCAGCACCAGAGCAGGAGCCGGCAGAACUCGCACGCUUCAGAGAGCAAUGGAAGGCCGAGGUCAGGCAACGACAGGCUGCUACAUCAGGCCCACAAACUCAACCCGUUCCCAGUGGCAGCGCUACUGCAGAACGCGCCGUCUCCCCAGCUCGGAGUGACACCAGCACGAAAACUGCUACUAUCACUAACACAUUAUCAGCAUCUCGGGGACCUGCAACCCAUGCCCUCGCGGGUGCGCCUGCCGUCCUAGCGCACGCAUCUCACGGCCAAUCUCAUCUCAGUCCCACCCUGGCUCAUGCCGUCGAGGUCUAUCGCAAAGCAGCUUUUCACGAGCAGCACAGCCAGCUAGACGAGGCUCUCCGACUCUAUCGCCAGGCGUUUCGUCUCGAUGCGAACGUCGAUCGUGCGUACUUCAUAGAAGAACAACGCGCACAGGAGCGUUCUGCUGCUCAACCAGCUACUCACAAGAAAAUUCCAUCCGCUGGCUCGGUAGAUGCAGUUACACGGGGUGUGGAGAAGCUCGAAGUGCACCAGGAUAGCAAGGAUAAAUCAUUCGUGACGUCAGGGGUUCUUGCACAUGUGCUCAAGGACUUUCCUGAGAAUCUUGUCUUUGAGCCGGAAGAUGAGAAGGGGGGACGACCUCCCAUUAAUCUUGUUCCUGACGAGCUUCUGCUCCAAAUCAUUCGAACUCUUGACUACGCCUCAAUCGAGCGGUUCGCGGCUGUUAGUCGUAAAGCACGAGUGCUCAGUUUGGAUACUGCAAUUUGGAGAGAUUUUGUCCACUUGGCAUAUAAGCCCCCGCAGAUCGCUGAUGAUGAGUCUAUAACGAAUAUCGUGGAAUCAUACAAUUCGGACUACCGGAAAGUUUAUAUCGAACAUCCCCGCUUGCGUUUGGAUGGGGUAUACAUUGCUGUUUGCCAUUACAUGCGGAUGGGCUCUAGUGAGAACGCUUGGGUCAAUGUAACUCACCUCAUCACCUAUCAUCGAUACCUCCGAUUCUUCCCCAACGGCCAGGUCCUAUCCCUCCUCACCAACGAGGAAUGGCAACCCCAAACCGUUAUUCCAAUGCUCAAGCCCAACCUGCGCAUGAAGGGUUUCUACAUCGGUGACUGGUAUUUGUCCGGUAGCACUGUCUACAUCACGAACCUUACUGAGAAACGCCUGUCGUCGGCGCACGCUACCGCAGAGCCGCAGCAAAACAAGUAUGUCUUCCAGAUGACGCUUUCGUUGCGUUCACGCCCCCUCGGGCGGUGGAAUAAGCUCGAUUUUAUUGGGUAUGACUCGGUCAAUGUAGAGGAUGGGGAGGCGGUGCCGCUGCCGCUGAAGAAUGAACGCUCGUUUUGGUUCUCGAAGGUGAAGAGCUGGGCGGGGUAUUAGAAUGGCGAUACGCGGGCAGUCGCUAGAUGAGCACAGGAUUUUUUUUACAUAUGCAUGGAUCAGGUUAUGUAUAAUAUGCGUUGCAACAUCUUUAUAUUCGAUGGAU